UUGGUAGCGUUUAUUUCAGACAUGAAACUGACGAUGCAGAGUCAAAUACUAACCUUCACAGUAAAAAAGAAGUUUCCUGCAGGCUGUACACGUUCAUCUUGAGGUAUAAGCAAGAAUCAUGCCACCCAAGCCACCUGUCCAGCCCAGGGACAUUUCGCCUCUGCUGCAGAUGCUGAGAAAUGCUUUGUUAGGGCGGCAACACACGCUGGCGAUCCGCUCCCCAGCGUCGCAGGCUGUUCGGCCGCGCUCGCAGCCGGAGCCCGUGCUGCCGGAGGGCUCGCUGCACAAGCUGAGCGCCAACUACUACCAUACGCGGGACGCCCGCCGCGACCAGACGCCGCCGCUCCUGCUCGUCGAGAACACGGGCGCCGCCCUGCUCGCCGCCAAGAAGAGCAAGAAGGAGAAAAAAGCGAAGAAGGAGAAGGCGGCGGCGGACGCGGCAGUGGCGGCUGAGGAGACGGUGGCGGCGGAGGGCACCGCGCUGGCCCAGUCGGCGGUCCCCCGGCCCGGGCAGCCGUACGUGUGGGACGGCCGCACUGGCGUCUAAGAACGCCCCCAGCGUCGCGUGUACAUAGUGUGAGAUAGCGCCCGUAUGGAGGAUGCCUAAUACAAUAUUGUGAGAGGGAAA